AAUCUGUGAACAUAACCUCACUUUUGCCAUGUCUUGUUGCUCAACUCAAAGUAUUAUUAUUUGUUUAUUUUGAAGAAAAAUAUGGCAAUAGUUAUUGAGAAGACGUAUUAAGAGAGAGUACACUGUGUUUUAUUUAAAUAUUUCUUAAAAAGAUCCUCUCAUUUAACACAAUGCAGGUAUCAGAAAUUGAUAAUGUGAAAAUUUAUAACCUGAGUGCUGGAAAAGCUCUACCAGAUUGGUUAUCAGAACGUAAAAAACGAGCCCUCUUAAAGAAGAAUGGAGAUCUACGGAGAAGAAUUGAGCUUAUACAAGAGUUUGACAUGCCUGGUCUCAGUACCAACAUUCGCGCCUCCAAAGAUGGCCAGUACAUAAUGGCGACAGGCAUUUACAAGCCCAGAGUGAAAUGUUUUGAUGUGAACAAUUUAUCAAUGAAAUUUGAAAGGUGCCUGGACUCAGAAGUUGUUAAGUUUGAAAUCUUGAGUGAGGACUACACUAAGAUAGUAUUCCUGCAAUGUGACAGAUAUGUGGAGUUCCAUGUGGGUCACGGGAGGCACUACCGCUUGCGAGUUCCGAGAUUUGGACGAGACAUUGCUUACCAUAAACCUUCAUGUGACUUGUUUGUUGUGGGAGCAUCCUGUGAAGCAUACAGACUGAACUUAGAAGCUGGUCAGUUCAUGGCACCAUUUGUUACAAAAGCUACAGAAAUCAACAGCUGUGCAGUGAAUGAGGAGCACGGACUGGUUAUACUGGGCUCGGAGAGUGGGCUGGUGGAGGCGUGGGACCCGCGGACCAAGUCCCGGCAAGGCAUCCUUGAUUGUGCCAUGCACUGUACUGAUUCAGACUAUAGAAAUAAUACCCUACCAGCUAUUAGUUCAUUGAAAUUUGAUGGAGCCCUAAAAAUGGGAGUUGGGACAUCCACAGGACAUGUGCUACUGUAUGACAUCCGCUCCAGCAAACCUCUACUUGUGAAGGAUCACAUGAAUGGGCUGCCUAUUAAGAAUAUUGAGUUUCACAAACAAAUGGAAUAUGUUUAUUCAAUGGAUUCUACAGUUGUUAAAAUAUGGGACAAAAAUACUGGUAAACAAUACACGAGUAUCGAGUCGUCGGCGGACUUCAACGACCUGUGCGUGAUCCCCAACACCGGGCUCUGCAUGAUGGCCGUCGAGGACCAGAAGAUGCAGAUACACUACAUACCUUCCCUAGGGCCGGCGCCGAAGUGGUGCGCGUUCCUUGACAACCUGACGGAGGAGCUGGAGUCGUCGGCGUCGCAGACCGUGUACGACGACUACAAGUUCGUCACCAAGCAGGAGCUCGACGCGCUGGGGCUGGAUCACUUGCUGGGCACCAACUUGCUGCGCGCGUAUAUGCAUGGAUACUUCGUAGACGUACGACUUUACAAGAGAGCGAAAUCCAUAGCGGAUCCAUUCGCCUUUGAGGAGUACAAGAAGCGCAAGGUCCGAGAGAAGAUCGAGCUGGACCGGCCGUCGCGGCUCAAGGUCGAGGACCACCUGCCUAAGGUCAACCGCGACCUGGCGGCCAGGCUCAUGGACACUGAGGGGAAGAAAAAGAAGAAGCCACAGGCUAAUCUGCUGCAGGAUGAUCGAUUUAAGGCUAUGUUUGAGAACCCAGACUUCGAAGUCAACCGAGAUGCUGAGGAGUACAGGUUGUUGAACCCGGUACUGUCCCGGCUGGACAAGACUAAGGCCAAACACAACAAACGAGAGGAGGAAGAAAUGGAGGUACAAUCAGAUCAUGAAGAAGAGAAAGACUCAGACGAAGAGCUUUACGGUGGUUCCAGCGAGAGCUCUGACGAGGACCGGACGUGGGUGAAGGAAGUAAAGAAACAGCACAAGAUGAUCCGCCGCAAGAAUGAGCACCAAGACAAUGAAGAAUCACAGCCGAAGGAGAAGGUAUACGAACUCAAUGAAGCACCCAAGUUCGCGAGCAAUAUCAAGAACAUAACCAGAGUUAGCAAGUCUAGCUUAGGAGAUAGAUUAGCGAGAGAAGCGUUCUCCACGGUGGUGGCAGGUACUGGUGGCAACAGAGAGAUGAAGUUUAGUAUGAGGAGAAACAAAACAGACUCGGAGAACCACAAGAAAAUGCAGAAACACUACCAGGAGAGGAAGCAAAUAGUCAGAAGAACAGGCUUUCUAAGUAAGAAGAAAAUGCCCAAAAUGUAAAUAAUGUUCUGUGAUUAAUUAUAGAUUUGUUAAAUGUA